AUGUUCACUAGAUUAAAAGAGUUGUAUAAUCGUCAUACACGAAGUCGAUUUCAUUAUGGGUUCGGAUACUAUCUAAGAGAAGGUAUUCACGAUGUGGCAUCAAAAAUACAUCCAUAUGCCAAAGUCCUUUUACCAAAUUUCAGAGCCGUGCAUUAUUUUUACAUCAUAACAUUAGUAAUAAUUGGUUCAAUUUUAAUCUACCCCGUCAAAACCACAGCAUACAUCGAUGCUUUAUUCUUUGCCAGUGGUGCUUCUACACAAGCAGGAUUGAAUCCUGUCAAUGUUAGCGAUUUAUCACUUUACCAACAAAUUAUCAUAUACCUACUAGCAUGUUUAACAACACCAAUUUUCAUUCAUGGAUCUUUGUUAUUUGUCAGAUUAUAUUAUUUCGAACGUCAUUUUGACAAUAUUAAAGAAAGGUCAUUGAUGGAUUAUCGAAUGAGAAAAUCAGCAACACUAGCGAGAAUGGCAACCAAGGAAACAAUGAGUUCCACAAGAUUAAACACUUUCAAUAAUCAAGUACUAGGGUUCAAACAAAGACGACAAGAACACGAGCAAGAUGAAGAGAAGGGGUUAUCAUCUACACCACCAUCUUCAAGUACACAAAAUUCAGAUAAUUUGACAGCAUCAUUCAUACCAGAAAACAAUGGAGUGGAACAUCAUAGCGAACCAUCAGAUACUGAAAAUGAACUGAUAACACAAACAGAUGAAAACCGUGAUUCUGGAAUUAACGGAGCAGAAAGAAUACAUUUUCAGGAACCGGUACGUCCUGCUCAUGUCCGCUCAGAUUCAGCCAUCAAAUUUGGUACAUUACCUAAUCCAAAAAGAAAAAAGUCCAUCGAUCCCGAAGAUAUGUAUCGCUCAAUCAAUAUGUUGCAACAAAAUAAGAAAAACCAAGAAAAUGAAUCAAACGAGGUUCAUUUCUCAAAUGUUGAAUCACCAAGUAAGAGACGACCUUUUAGUCCAACAAGUAUAAGUUUUCAAUUGGGUGAACGUCCAGGAAGCAGGAAUAGUAAUCAUCACUACAGCCAUAACAAUAACAAUUUUUUCCAUCAUACCCAUCAUAAUAAUGAUGAAAACCAAGAUGAUGAUGACGAUGAUGACGACGAUAUUUUGAUUAUCAAACCACCUAAUGAAAUUGAAAAUUCCGAUUCAAAGAAUCCAAUUUUUACAAAAAAGAAAAAGAACCCUUCACAUAAUAGAGAUGCUCCUUCAAGAGCUAAAAGUUGGAUAGCAAAUCAGAGGAGAAAGAGUAUUGAUCCAUGGACUAACAAAUUAAGGAGAACAUUAUCAAAUAAUAAUAAAAGGAAAACUCUUCUUAAUGCCCAUACAGAUACCGAAGAUGAUUUUGAUGACGAGGACGAAGAAGAAGAAGAUGCUUCUAUUGAUUCGGAGAAUCAAGUGACAAAUGAAUACCAUGGAAAUGACCAUGAACACGCUGUUACUGACGGAGAGGAUGAUGAGGAUGUGGAAGACGAUGAUAAUGAUGAUGAUCACGAUGAAGAUGAAGACGAUGAAGAAGAAGACGGUGCUCCGGUUGUUAAAUCCCAGUCACAUUUAGUUCUUCCGUCAAGAGAUGCAACUGGUGGGAAGAAAUUUGUCAAGAGGAGCAACACACUUGAUAUUCCAGAUGUUCGUAAUGAUUUUAGUGAGGAUAUCACAGACAACAGGACUACCAGGAAAACACCACGCAAAAGACCUACUAAAAGAAGAACACCUAGUUUCAAUUUACCAAGGAGAAGUAGAACGCAAUCGAUUGAUAAUGACUCCAUUGAGAAUGUUGACACAAAUGAUUCAUAUCAACACUUGUCAAGAACCAUGAGUGGUAAUUAUUUGUCAUGGGCACCAACUGUUGGAAGAAACUCGACGUUCAUAAAAAUGACUGAAGAGCAAAAGGAUGAAUUGGGAGGUAUAGAAUAUCGAGCAGUGAAAUUGUUAAUCAAGAUCAUUGUUGUAUUUUACAUUGGAUUUUUAAUUUUUCCCGGUAUAGCUUUACUCAUUUGGAUUUAUUGCAUGCCUCAUUAUAGACGAGUUGUACGUGAAAGUGCGAUCUCGCCUGCAUGGUGGGCUAUGUUUACUGGGCAAUCGUCAUUCAAUGAUUUAGGAUUCACUUUAACUCCAGAUUCCAUGUCUUCAUUCAACUCAAAUGCGUUUGUGCAAAUCCUUUGUUCGUUUUUAAUUGUGAUUGGUAAUACAGGGUUCCCGAUUAUUUUGAGAUUCAUUAUCUGGGUGAUGUUUAAGUUUUCUAGACCAUUGAGUUUAACCAAAGAGUCCUUGGGAUUCUUAUUGGACCACCCUCGUCGAUGCUUUACAUUGUUGUUCCCUAGUGUUCCAACUUGGUGGUUGUUUUUCAUCUUGGUUGUAUUGAAUGGAUUUGAUUUGGUGGUAUUCUGUAUUUUGGAUAUAAAUGAUGACUCAUUUGAUGGUAUCGAUAGGGGAUACCGAGUAUUGAAUGGGUUAUUCCAAGCUUUUUGUACCAGAACAGCUGGAUUCAGUAUUAUGGAUUUAUCUCAAUUACAUGCCGCUACCCAAGUGAGUUACUUGGUGAUGAUGUAUAUUUCCGUCUUACCGAUUGCCAUUUCCGUGAGAAGAACUAACGUCUAUGAAGAGCAAUCAUUGGGCGUUUAUGCCAAGGAUGAAGGUGGCAGUGGAGAUAGUGUAGAUGAAAAUAGACCUUCCAAUUAUGUGGGUUCACAUUUGAGAAACCAAUUGUCUUAUGAUUUAUGGUAUAUCUGUGUUGGAUUGUUCAUCAUAUGUAUUGCUGAAGGUAGUAAGUUACAGAAGCAAGACUUACGUUUCAGUAUAUUUGCCGUAUUGUUUGAAGUUAUUAGUGCUUAUGGUACCGUUGGUAUGUCAUUGGGGUACACUGACACUGAUUGUUCAUUUAGUUCAAAAUUCAAUGUUAUUUCAAAGUUGGUGAUUAUUGCCAUGAUGAUUAGAGGAAGACAUAGAGGUUUGCCAUACGCUAUUGAUCGUGCCAUUAUGCUUCCAGAUGCAGAUAUGAGACGUCAUGAUAGAUUACAAGAAGAACACGCCAUUAAUAGACAACACACUAUGGAGAGAACCACAACAUUAGGCAGAGUUGCCACAUUUGGUGGUAGUCCUAUGGAUGGUGGUAAUAACUUAAUUACCAGAGUACUUACAAAUAUCGAAGGUAGAAUUAAACGUCGAAGACAUUCUACUUACUCCGAGGAUUCAUCGUCCGGUAGAUCAAGAGACCUGAUGGCAGGAGAAAGAAGCCAAAUGGUUAGCGAGAACCCAAGCUAUCUUGUUACAACUGUUAGUCAUGUGUAA